CUGUGAAGGACACAAAGGACAUAACGAUUUGCUAGUUUUGUUUAAGUUUGAUAUAUCAUUGGAAGUAAUACUUAUAUAAUAAUGGAUGUGACCACAGAUGGACAAAUAAAUAAUGGCGCAAAGGACUAUGACAUAGGGACCAACCACGUGCACAAUCAUGGUUCUGUGCACGGGUACAACGCCGUAAGAGAACAAGAUGAGAUACCACACGAUAUGAUAGGAAAAGAACAUAGAACAGCUCACAUGGAACACAUGCAAAUGCAAAUGCAAACAACGUUUUCCCUGAAGACAUACUCUGAUUUUCUACUUGAAGGUGUCAAAAUUUCAUCUAUCCAAGGAAUUGUCCUGGCAAUGCUCUUCACUUUUGCGAUUACAAUGUUAGUUGACAGCUUAAAAUUUACGACACACGUGCUGGCAAUGCGCAAAGGAAGUCAAGAUAAACCGCAAGAUCUGAAAAAAAGACAGAACAGGCAUCUCUUUGUCGCAGCAAUUUCUCACACGUUGUCUGUAAGUCUCGCCUAUGUUAUGAUGCUCUGUAUAAUGACAAUGAACGUUUGGUUAAUGGUAUCAGUCGUUCUAGGAUCCGGAAUUGCACAUUUCCUUAUAAGACCUGUGUUGUCAUGGAAACUAAAAGAACAUUCGGAGCAUUCUGAAGACUUAAAUAUAGAAAGAAAUGCAGAAGAAGCCGAGCCAUUAAAUCAUUACCAUGACUUUCUAGAAAAAAGAAAGGGGCGCGAAAAUGGUAGAAUGUGUUCUUUGUUAGAAAAUAACUCCUGAUCGCUGCAGAUGCAUACGUUUGAAUUCGCUAUAAACUAGCAGUUAAACAGAAUCUGGAUAUGUUGAUAUUUGUUUUAUUUUAUUGCUCUAUCGUUGCACUUCGUUGCAAGUGCUGCAUUGAUUAUAGAUAUUUGUAGUCAAACAAGACUUGUGUGCUGAUUGUGAGAGGAUUCAGUUCAAAGGAAAAAUAACUGUUCUGAAAACAUCCGCAGAGAAGAAUAUUUACUCAAUAGCAGAAAAUCUUCAAAUACUAUUAUAUCAGGGUGAAAUACCUUUACAGUAAUUGCAUGUUGCAAAACGGCUUACAAUGUAUCUCACUGCACCGAUUGCCAGGCUUUAACCUACAUGUAUGUACAGUUCAAAGUGUAUGGAACAUGCAAGUGUCACGGAUCACGUGAAAUGUUAAUGACAAAGAAAACACAAUAAAGAUUCAAGUAUUUGUUUGAUUUCAUAAUGACCUAAUAUUCAGUACGUAGGAUGGUCCACUGAGAAAGACUAAAUUAUCAUUAAAAGUUUGUUAUAUCUUGUGUUAAAGUUAGUUUCUGCAAAUUGCUAUUAGUUAACUGUUGCUAGUUAAUUACAGAAAGUUGCAUUCAG